AUGAUGCGCACACCUCACGUGUAGGUGUACUCACCUUCGAGGGGUCAAUGGGAUUUGUUCGUUGUGACAGAGUGAGUUGUGGGACAUAGUUUCAAACAUGGCAGUUUUGCGUGCAGUUCGCUUUCCUAUUCGAAGAAUAUACUUUGUGUGUGCGCUUAUAGCCCUAGGUACCGUUCUCGCCUUGAGUUUUGUUUUGAAUGUGGCCAACUUCAGCGUCGUUGACAAGAGGAGGUACCUCAACCUCCAACGAUUCCGUGACACGCCCCUGGAUAAAGUUUUACCUGUCACACAUUACAUAACGGAGGCAACAGGUGUGCAAGACAGUCCUCGUGUGAUUUAUCUCCCCCAAACAAAGGAAAAACCAGACACAACUUCGAUAUCAGUUUCAACGGGAAAACCAACACAAUCGGAAAAACCCAAUGCUUUGGAAAUUCCCAGAACAUCGGAAGUUCCCAAAGUUAACGGUAAUUUUACUUUCGAUUGCCUGCCGACCCCGUUUGUCUGGUGCAAGGAUCGUGUUCCCACAAAGAUUCGAGCAAGUGGUUCAGCCACCAAGAAAAUCAGAAUAGCUGCUAUGCGUAUGCCGUCCUGGGUGACUGAAAGUGACCACUUUAACUUCAGUUACUGCCCUUACAAGAACUGUAUCUUCGACGGGGAGUUAAUCACGGAGAAGACGGAAGUGGUGGUGGUAGAUGUGGUGGAGCUGGCGUUUACGGUGGUGAUGCCGCCGAGGUGGCCGCAUCAGCUGUACGUGGCCACGGCGUGGGAGUCACCUGUGCACAUGUUUAAUUCCGUUACAGACUCAGGUCAAACCUCCGAAUGGAAUUCGGCCUUCAACUUGACCAUGACCUAUAGGGUCGAUGCGGACAUGUUCUCACCCUACGGGCACCUGUUGUACACCCCACCUGACCCACGGGCUAAGCCGGAUUAUUACGCUCUAGCCAAAAACAAGACGAAGACUGCCUUUUGGCUUGUUAGCAACUGUGAUGCCACCUCCCACCGUGAGAUGUACGUCAAAGAAAUGAAGAAAUACAUAGACGUGGACAUCUACGGUGCCUGCGGCGAGUCCUGUGGUGAGCGCUGCCUGACAGACCUGCCGCGCAUGUACAAGUUCUAUCUGGCCUUUGAGAACUCUUUCUGUACCGAUUACGUCACGGAAAAACUCUUCAAAAUUUACAAGCCAGAGCUCCACGUGAUUCCCGUCGUGCUGGGGAAGUUACCGUACAAUUCCUAUUUUCCGAAGAGUACUUUCGUCAACACGGCUGAUUUUCCGACGCCCGAGGCUUUGGCUCUCCACCUCAAGGACCUGGGUUCGGAUCUCACGCGGUACAGUAGGUAUCUUGAAGAGAAGGAUAAGUACGUGUCGCAUGAUACAGGUCAGAUAGGCUGUAUGCUAUGUGAAUACUUCAGCACCAAGAAGAUACAAAGGAAAGUUUAUAACCUCAGAGAAUGGAUGAGUGUUGGUCAUUGUGAUACUAAAGACGAGGUUGAUGCUGUUAAAGAGGUCGAUUGAUUACACAUUGUAAUUAGAAAAUUUUAGUGUUUGUAAUUUUUUUAUUUUUUUUUUUUUGUAAAGGGAAGCAAAUCUGAUGGGUAGAUAACUUUUGUUUAUUCAUCAACAUUAGGCUCUUUCGAGGAAUAAAUGCAACCUGUGUAAAUUUGAUCUUGCUACGGAAAGAUGACAUUAUCAAAGCAUCUUUUUUUCCCCAUUUUUUUGUUGUUCAAAUAUUAUGAAAACUAAAAAAAAAAUGUCCAGAGGCUACCGAAAUAUUUGUUCAUAAAUAGUUCAUAAAAUUUCAAAUACAUUUUUAAGACCCACUUAAACAAUCAUAGAAACCCAAAGUGUUUGAUAAUAGGGUCGCAUAAUCUGUCUCAAUUAAAUAAUUUACAAAAUCAAAGUAGUAGUUAUCUCUAACCUCUAUUAAAUUAGUUUGAUAAAUAUUAAGUAGUUAUAUAUAACCUUCGUUAAAUGUGUUUGAUAAACAUUAAGUAGUUAUCUAUAAUCUUCGUUAAAUGUGUUUGAUAAACAUUAAGUAGUUAUCUAUAAUCUUCGUUAAAUGUGUUUGAUAAACAUUAAGUAGUUAUCUAUAAUCUUCGUUAAAUGUGUUUGAUAAAAAUUAAGUAGUUAUCUAUAACCUUCGUUAAAUGUGUUUUAAAAACAUUAAGUAGUUAUCUAUAACCUUCGUUAAAUGUGUUUUAAAAACAUUAAGUAGUUAUCUAUAACCUGUAUUAAAUGUGUUUGAUAAACAUUAAGUAGUUAUCUGUAACUUCCGUUAAAUGUGUUUGAUAAACAUUAAGUA